AUAUCAAGUGACGAUGGUCUAUGCGAGGCAAAGGCUGCCCAAUUGCUCGUGCAUGCGCCACCAAUGGGCAUUCAUCAAGAACCAAUCGCAUAUCCGAAUCAGUUCGCACCUGGCAUUAAUUUCGCCUACACCACGCACCCAACUAUGCAGUAUUUACCACCUGAAAUGAUUCAUAUGACUAAUUAUCAGAGCUUAUGA